GUGCUCGCUGCCCGCCGCCCCCGGCUCCGCCCCGUGCGGGAGGGCGGCAUUGCCCGGAGCGGCAGCGGGGCCUGGCGGAGCCCUGGGGCUGCCCGAGCCGUGUGUCCGCCCCGCCGCCAUGGAGGCGCUGACACGGGGGCGGCGGGGGCUGCAGGGCGGGCAGGAACCGGAGCCGGGAGAACCGGAGCGCAAGCGAGUGUGCAAGCCCUUAGAAUCCGUUCCAAAUGAGGUCGAUGCUCACCUCAUUGACUGUGCUAUGGAGCUGGAUUCGAAACAGAAAGUCUCCUCUGGCUGCGGUCCUUGGGCUACAAAGACAAAGCAAAACUCAAUGAUUUUUGACAACCAAGGAAGCAGAGGGACUGCCCAGCCUUGCCCGAGAUGUAUUGCUGGAGAAUCUGGACACUUCAAUCACAUCCUGGGCUGCUAGAGAUGGACAGACAGCAGAUAAGCAGCGCUGCUUUCCCUGUUAGGUUCUGGAAAUGCACCUGUGAGCAGCAUACAGCUCAGUAGGUUCACUCGUGGCGAAUGUUCAGCACGCUGCCCUGUGUUACUCCACCAUCACACAGCUGGAUGCCACUGUUUUUACACUUGGAAAAAUGCUUUUGUACUUAAGUUAUCUCAAAUGUAUGAAGAAAUAUGUAUUUGAUUUAACUUUUCGGAGCAGCGAAGCUGGUUUAGCCUUAGGUCCAGUCUUCACCUGGCCCUGGGCUAAUGGUCAUGCUGAUACAAGGUAUUUCACUGUCUCACUUGGGCACUUUCUCUGGUACUCUUGGAGGUUAUCCUUGUGUUCACACUGGUACUGGGCCUGCACUUUCACUUCAAUUGUGUAUAAGUGGGCAGAAAUGGGAGGACUCUUCAGUUCUAGGCAGAAAGCCGAUCAGCUUGACAGCUAUGCAAAGGCCAGUGAAAACCCUAUUGAAAUUAAUAUUGAAAAAUCCAGAAUAUGCAUUCAUUUCAGGUAUCUUUCCUACAUGCCAAACUCUUACUUGAUUUGCAAUAAGUGAAUGUGGCAGAUAACUAUCUGAAAGAAAAAAUCAGUAUUAUUUGAACAACAUUAUAAUGCAAAGGUGAGUGGUGCUUCAGAUCUGCACAGUCCUCUCAAAUUGCUGAAGAUACCAUCUGAUGCUCUGGGAUUCCUUCUUUCCAACUGUUGUGAUACUAGAACAAGUCUGUUUUGGCUUGUUACCCAACUUGACUUUAUUGGUUUGCCACAAAUAAUUUAAUCUGCAGACCUAUGUAAUUUUUAAACACCUGCAGGUUUUAAACUCUUAAGGUAUCCAAGUUGUGUUAUUUGGAUGUGACACUUCAGUAGCUGCUCUGGAAUGGAGCUGGCUGCUAUUCAGAACAGAAGAGCAUUGGGCAGGGUUCAGCCCACCAGCAGCAAGGCAGGCAGAACAGCUUCCAGCCCCUCCUGCUCUAAGGGCAGUACUCAGUGUACAUUCAAAUGGUAGCUCUGAAGCUGCAAAAGUACCAGGCUGUGAAGGGUCACUAUCCCUGUGGCAUUUAUCACACUGUAAAAUUCUUAGAGAAAUCUUACCAUAGUCCUAGAUCUCUUCCCUUAUUGUGUGUGGGGUUGUAGCUAGCGCUGAGUUGACUUUUAUUAACAAGGCACUCUUCCUAAAUAGAUGAAUAUCAUAUAAAUGCUGAAUUUAGUUAAGCAACAGAUGGGGAGAUAAGUUUAUUAAGCAGAGCUGCUCUAAAUUGGCAUCGGGAAAGUUUGGUUAAGAAAGAAUGAAUAUCCUUCAAUCCCAUACAAAUUCUAGGUCCCUUGGAAAUCAUUGCAAAGUGGGAUUGGACUGGAUAAUUUCCAGAGCUGCCCCUGGCCCCUUUGAUUCUGUGGUCCUGCCGGUUGUUUCAAACACCCCACAGUUCCCUUCAGUGACAGAAGCAGGGCAGUCUGCUCAAAGAUCAAAUCACUGAGAAACACAGUGGUUUUAGAAUUGUGUUGGUUGUGUUACCUUGAAGGUAAGAAAUUCAUCUUGAGCUCUCCAGCUCCCAGUACAGGUUGGUACAAGCAAUAGCACCUAUCCAAGCUAGAAAGGAACAUAUGCUCAGUUGAAAUGAUAGUAGUGCAUGAGCAAAUUCCCAUAUCAUCAUAAUAGAGUUAUCACCUAGUGCAAAAUAGUAAUGUAAAAUGGUAUCUAAACACACUGCUCUGCAACUGCAUGUUACUGGGUAGCUAGGCUGUAUUUUGUGGGCAGGUCGUUGUUACAAGGUUUUCCAGUUGUCUUUUACACCUCCUGGUAACAAUGUCAGCUAAGAAAAGAAGAUGGCUGAGCUUCAGUUUCUGUGCUGUAAAUACUGAAAUAGUUACUUUGAACUUAGAAGGCUGAGAGGUAUCUAAAAGUGCAGACACUGCAAAGUGACCCAGAACCUAUUGGGUGUCACCGAGUUCAAUGCUUGGAAGUCGCUGUUAGCAGAACAGUAUGUAGUCAAAAUUUAAGGUGUCUUAAGAAGAGAAAUGACGCUUGGUCUUGUUCAUGGAGAAGUUUUAUGCUACAGUAUAUUGGACCAAAGGAGCACCAUAUUGUUUUUAAUGCAUGAGCAAUACACUAUAAACCAUCAGACCAAGAGGAUGAUUUUCCAUUUAAAUAGAUAGCAGUGCACAUAUUUCUUCUGUUAGCUCAAAACCUGACUGUGUUUCAGUCAAUAGAACACAGUCAGAAUGAGAACUAAUUGAUUCUCUUUACAAUCCUUGUAGCUCCUGUCACGCUCUUUCAAAUCCUUCUCCUUUCAGAGUAACCAUUACUUGGUUUUUGUAAGGUGCCACCAUACAUAACUCACAGGGUUGGUCAUCGUUCCUCCUGGCUGCAUUACAGAGCCUUGAUGAAGUCAUACUCUGUUCGAUUUUAAUGUAAUUUUUUCAUAUCAGUCUUCUCAUUGUUACUGUGCAGGUAUUUUAUUACACUGCCCACAGUGGCUCUCAGCUCAGCCCUUGGAGAUUACUGCAUCUCUGCAGCUCAAGAAAAUAGGAGAACUUGGUACUAUUUUUAACCUGCAGUGUGAACGUGGGCCUGUGGUACCUUCUUUGCACUGUUCAAAAUGUAAUGCUGCAUUUUAUAUCAGAUCUAAUUGGUUGGUAGUUGUUAAUCAUGUGUGUGGUUCGAAUAUAUAAAUGCUGUAGAAAAGAAAGGUGAGUAAUAUUGUCCCACGUUGGGUCUUUGUUUACCUACAGCCUUUUGCAUUCCCCAGGGACACAAUACAGGGUGUGUCAGAGCAGUUCGAUGGCCAUAAGAGGGCUGGGUGGGCUGGGAGCAGUCAUCUGUGUGCCCAACAGCAGAUGGGGAAAGGCUGAGAAACAGGACAGGCAUUGGAUGGGAACACUUCUUGCAACAGGGAGAACAAUCUUUGAGAACUUGUUUCGUUCUGGGAAUCCCUUUUUUUUUGUCUCACAGCUCAGUCUGGAACAUCAGAAAUCACAACUAUUGAAAUGCUGGGAGAUUCCAGCAGUUUUUGCCUUCGUACUUGUUAAUACAAAGACAUAUUGGGCAUCAGGGUAGUGUCAUACCUGAGUUAUCCUUCUUAAGCAAACAUUGCCAUCAUCCCUAUUUAAGAAGCAUUUCCAGUGUGACUGCAGUUCAGGUGUGUGUGUACCCCUCGAUCAGCAGAGGGUAAAGAUGCUCUGUCUAGUUCUGAUAGCAGCUCCCUCCUUUUGGUAGUCCUUGAGUUGGCUUGGAGUUCAAAAAUAAACAAGAAACCACCUUCAGCAUAAACUUCAACGUGAAUCCUUAGGAAGGAUGUGAUUGCUUGCUCCAUGCCUUUUAAUGGACAAAAUGCGUUUAUGAAUCAGCCAUGACACAAAUGAGUUGAAGCUGAAAUAGUUCAGCAUAGUGAAGAGCCGCUGUUUUGUUCGGUAGCUGAGCUGUGUUUUAAUCACGGUGCAGCUGGGGAUGGUGGAUGUUUCUUUAGAGCAGACGGGUGUCAGAUCUGCAGCGGAACCUCAGAACUAUUUUUGUAGGACUUUUCUUGGCCUCAUACAACUGCGUUUCAGUUUAUUGAUAAAUACGAUUCUUUAUCUUUCUUAAUGCUGUGGUUUGUACACAGAAUAACCUAAAGCAUCUUUUAUUGAGGUGUGUGUAGAUCAGUUUUUAAUUCAGAUGAAAACGAUAUAAUAUUUUUUAACUUUGUAUUUUAUAAGUUGUUGCAAAAGCAGAAGCAUUAAACCCACCUUUGGCUACUGUA